AUUUCAUUCGAGAACGAAUAUCCAGAAACAACUAUUUAUGAGUAGUUUAUCGGCAUCCACCUUGUGGCAUCCACGAAAAAAGCCUUUACUAGUACGAGGAACAAAUAUCAUCCCUGACGAUGUCUUGUUAAGCAACAUAUUUAUUCGAUUAGCAGCCAAACAACUUGCUCAAAUGAGAUCCCUUUCUAAAACCUGGAAUUCUCGCUUGUCUCAUCCCUCCUUUAUCAAAUCUCAUCUCGAUCAUUCCAAGGAUACCAAUGAUGAAAUUCUUAUGGUAUUCCAAAACUCGUAUAUUUCAGAGAUUACACCAUUCACCACACACACCACACCGGACCUCCAACUCACGAAUUCGGUCAAUGUCCAUAUGAAUAGCUCCUCAGCUUAUGGCCAUUUUGUUGGCGCCGUUAAUGGUUUAAUAUGCCUUUUUAGUAAUGGAGUUUUCAAGAUUUGGAACCCUUCUCUCUCGUCCUUAAUAGCUCUCCCACCAUAUACGUUUGACAGUGACGAGGAUGAUAUAACUUUCAAUCACCGGUUUGGGUUUGAUCCCAAAACGAAUGACUAUAAAGUUAUCAAGCUUACAUAUAAUAGCAGUGUAGACGAUAAUAUAGCUUACAACUGGUUUCCCGUGGAGGUGUUCAGUGUGUUAAAGGGUUCUUGGGAAUCAAUUACCGAAAGGUUUCCAUCCCAUGUUGAAACGAUUCUUAAUAUGAAUGAGUUUGUUGUAGAUGGAUAUGAUGGUCGUCUUCAUUACCUUUGUAGGGUUAAUUAUGGAGCUGAACGGAAGAAAGUAACAAUAGUGGCCUUUGAUUUGGGUGAUGAAACUUUUAGUGAAAUAGUACUCCCAGAUAGUGUACAAAAUUACAGUAGGGCGAUGGAGGUGGGAGUUUUGUCCAAAAAGCUUUGUGUUAUGUCAGGCCUUCGCAAUGGUGGUUGCGAGGUGUGGGUGAUGGAAAAUUAUGGGGUGGUUACUUCGUGGGUGAAAUGCCAUGUAAUUUCAAAAUAUAAGGGUCAUGAUAUUUAUCCAAUUGGAUUUACUUCAAACAAUCAGUUUCUGUUUGCACAUGGUAUUCAUCUAUCAUUGUACGACCCAGAAGCAUCCACAUUUAGAGAUUUUAAGGAUGCGCAACCAUUUACCAACUUAGUCACAGUUGUUCAAUAUGUUGACAGUCUCGUUUGGGUAACAGCCGCUAAGUGGGCCUAUAAUGAUGUCUCCAAAUCUUCAUCACAGAUUGAAAAGAAGCAACACUUAUUGGAUGGUUAAUGAAUGAUGAUCAAACUAAUAACACCACAAGAGGUAACACCAUAAUUAGCUGUCUGCUGAACGACUCGGUUUAACAAAAGUAUCGAUCAAUUUCUAAUAUAUUACUUUAGACACUAUUUCAAUU